GCCACCCGGCACCAUGGCUGCCAUAUUGGAGAGGAAGUAAGUUCAUUCCCGUGAUCUUCCGAACACAGCGGACUAGCUGCUCGGAAGAACCGAAGAGAAUCAUUUUUAUCUGCUGGGGAAAGGAGGGCGCACUCUACUGCCCCUGUCAGACCUAACUCUACUUCUUGUCGAGAACUGCAAGUUUCCAUUCCAUAGCCGUGGAAGAUGGCGGACCCGGCAGAGUGCACAAUUAAAGUAAUGUGCCGUUUCAGGCCUUUGAAUAAAUCUGAAGUGGCAAGAGGCGAUAAGUAUAUCGCUAAGUUCCCAGGCGAAGAGACGGUUGUACUUGGGGGUAGGCCCUUCAUGUUUGACCGAGUACUCCAGUCCAACACCACGCAGGAGCAAGUUUAUAAUGCAUGUGCUCAGAAGAUAGUCAAAGAUGUCCUGGACGGGUAUAACGGGACCAUUUUUGCGUACGGACAGACGUCCUCUGGCAAGACACAUACCAUGGAGGGUAACCUGCAUGACACAGACUGCAUGGGCAUCAUCCCCAGGAUCGUGCAGGACAUUUUCAACUACAUUUACUCAAUGGACGAGAACCUGGAAUUUCACAUCAAGGUGUCCUACUUUGAGAUCUACCUGGAUAAGAUCCGUGACCUGCUGGAUGUGUCGAAGACAAACCUGUCUGUGCAUGAGGACAAAAACAGGGUCCCCUACGUUAAGGGCUGCACAGAGCGUUUUGUCUGCAGUCCUGAGGAAGUGAUGGAUACCAUCGAUGAGGGCAAGUCCAACAGACAUGUAGCAGUUACAAACAUGAACGAGCACAGCUCCAGGAGUCACAGCAUCUUCCUGAUCAACGUGAAGCAAGAGAACACACAGACGGAACAGAAGCUCAGCGGCAAACUCUACCUGGUGGAUCUGGCUGGCAGCGAGAAGGUGGGUAAAACAGGAGCGGAGGGAGCUGUUCUGGAGGAGGCCAAAAACAUCAACAAGUCUUUAUCAGCGCUGGGCAACGUCAUCUCUGCACUGGCCGAGAGUUCGGGCUAUGUGCCGUACAGAGACAGUAAGAUGACCAGGAUCCUGCAGGACUCUCUGGGAGGAAACUGCAGAACCACCAUCGUCAUCUGCUGCUCCCCCUCCUCCUACAACGAGGCCGAGACCAAGUCCACUCUCAUGUUUGGACAGAGAGCGAAGACCAUUAAGAACACGGUGUGUGUGAAUGUGGAGCUGACAGCUGAGCAGUGGAAGAAGAAGUACGAAAGAGAGAAGGAGAAGAACAAGACUCUCCGCAACACCAUCACCUGGCUGGAGAACGAGCUCAACCGCUGGAGAAACGGUGAGAGUGUGCCGGUGGAUGAGCAGUUUGAUAAGGAGAAGGCUAACGCAGAGGUGCUGGAUAACGCGCUGAACGAUAAGACCGCCUCCACGCCGUCAUUACCCAGCAUCCCCAGCAUCCCCAGCGUGCCUGGGGCCCGUCUGUCCGACGCCGAGAGGGACCGAGAGCUGGCCAAGCUCUACAAGCAGCUGGACGAUAAGGAUGAUGAGAUUAACCAGCAGUCUCAACUCACAGAAAAACUCAAGGAGCAGAUGCUCGAUCAGGAAGAGCUGCUGGCGUCGUCCCGGCGUGACCACGAGAGCCUGCAGGGGGAGCUGUGCCGCCUGCAGCAGGAGAACGAGGCGUCCAAGGAGGAGGUGAAGGAGGUGCUGCAGGCGCUCGAGGAGCUCGCCGUCAACUACGACCAGAAGAGCCAAGAGGUGGAGGAGCGCAGCCGCCAGUUUGAGGCGCUCAGCGAGGAGCUCAACCAGAAAUCAAUCGUCCUGACGUCCAUCGACUCGGAGCUGCAGAAGCUGAAGGAGAUGACCAAUCACCAGAAGAAGCGCGUCACCGAGAUGAUGUCAUCACUACUCAAAGACCUGGCAGAGAUCGGCAUCGCCGUGGGCAACAACGACAUCAAGCAGCAUGAGGGCAGUGGGGUGAUGGAUGAGGAGUUCACGGUGGCGCGGCUCUUCAUCAGCAAGCUCAAGUCGGAGGUGAAGAGCAUGGUCAAGCGCUGUCGGCAGCUGGAGAGCACGCAGGCCGACUCCAACAAGAAGAUGGACGAGAGCGACAAGGAGCUCGCCGCCUGCCAGCUGCGCAUCUCACAGCAUGAGGCCAAGAUCAAGUCUCUGUCCGAGUACCUGCAGAAUGUGGAGCAGAAGAAGAGGCAGCUGGAGGAGAACGUUGACUCCCUUAACGAGGAGCUGGUCAAACUCAGUGCCCACGAGAAAGUCAAGGCCAUGGAGAAGGAGAACGAGAUUCAGUCUGCCAACGAAGUCAAGGAGGCCGUGGAGAAGCAGAUUCAGGGCCACAGAGAGACUCACCAGAAGCAGAUCAGCAGCCUGAGAGACGAGUUGGACUCCAAGGAGAAGGCCAUCACCGAGCUACAGGAUCUGAACCAGAAGAUCAUGCUGGAACAGGAGCGUCUGAGAGUGGAGCACGAGAAACUCAAAUCCAACGACCAGGAGAAGACCCGCAAGCUGCACGAACUCACGGUGAUGCAGGACCGGCGAGAGCAGGCCAGACAGGAUCUCAAGGGGCUGGAGGAGACUGUGGCAAAGGAGCUGCAGACUUUGCACAACCUACGGAAGCUUUUUGUUCAGGAUUUGGCAACACGAGUGAAAAAGAGUGCAGAGAUGGACUCUGAUGACACUGGAGGUAGUGCUGCUCAGAAGCAGAAGAUCUCCUUCCUGGAGAACAAUCUGGAACAGCUGACCAAGGUCCACAAACAGCUGGUGCGUGAUAACGCGGAUCUGCGCUGCGAGCUGCCCAAGCUGGAGAAACGCUUGCGUGCGACGGCGGAGCGGGUGAAGGCGCUGGAGUCGGCGCUGAAGGAGGCGAAGGAGAACGCGGCGCGCGACCGCAAGCGCUACCAGACCGAGGUGGACCGCAUCAAGGAGGCCGUGCGCGCCAAGAACAUGGCCCGGAGAGGCCACUCCGCUCAGAUCGCGAAGCCCAUUCGUCCAGGCCAGCCCCCUGUUGCGUCUCCUACACACCCCAACAUGCUGCGGGGUGGAGGGGGCGGCGGCUUCUACCAGAACAGCCAAUCAGUGGCCAUCAGGGGAGGAGCCAAACAGGACAAGAACAGCUGAAGAUGAAAUGCUUGCGGAGGUGAAAGAUGAAGAUAUCACCAUGGAAACCUGUCAUUCCAUUAUUAUGGUGGCACCUGCAGGAAUGCCUAUAAAUAUAUAAAUAUUCAUGAAGGGGUGGGGUUUAAAGCGUAUAAAUAUAUAAAUAUUCAUGAACUGUACAGUAUCACUCCCCAACGUUGACCAAUCCCUCCCCACCAAACACUUUCAACGCUGGCAAAAAACAAACAAACAAACAAAAAAUGUAAACCGUAAACACAGUCUGAUGCUGAUUUGUCAACUUUACAGCCUGCAAGAAGAUUAUACUGAAAGCCUGCUUCCCCUAACCACAACCAGUCCACACACACACACACACACACACACACACACACACCAUAAUAUGACUUGAACCCGUAAGUGUGCGAGCACCCUCUCAGACCACCUCAAACAUCUCCUCGUCUGCCUGAUGAUCGGUUAGUCAUGCCUGAUGAUCGGUUAGUCCUACCUGGCAGCUGAUGGGCUUCAUCUGCCUGUUGAUCGGUUAGUCAUGCCUGAUGAUCGGUUGGUCAUGCCUGUUGAUCGGUUAGUCAUGCCUGAUGAUCGGUUAGUCAUGCCUGUUGAUCGGUUAGUCAUGCCUGAUGAUCGGUUAGUCAUGCCUGAUGAUCGGUUAGUCAUGCCUGAUGAUCGGUUAGUCAUGCCUGUUGAUCGGUUAGUCAUGCCUGGCAGCUGAUGGGCUUCAUCUGAGCUCUGCUCGUCCUGCCUGAGGGCGGAGUCUAAGUUGCAGCUGCCAGCGUGGUUGCCAUGGUAAUGUCAGGUCUGACUGGUGCCCAUCCUGGACAGGUCGUUGAGGUUCUUUGCUGAAGGUCAUUCAGAGAUCAGAUGAAGGUCACCUGCGUCAUCUGAAGGUCAUACUCUCAUUGCUACACAGGCUGUCUGGUGCCUAUGACUGUGUGUGUGUAUUAAUUGAAUGUCACACCAGUCCCCACAGCUCUUAAACGGUUAAACAAACACACACUGAAACUUUUUUCAGUGCUGUGCUAGUCCUUAUGUCUCAUACACUGUACACACACACACACACACACACACACACACACACUCUUUGUGUGUUGUUUUUAGGUGGAGAUGCUUAUUUCCUGGAGGGUAUAAAGCUUAUUAGGCUCCUCCUGCCACUGAUCAGCCAAUCAGAAGAGCAGGACAAGACUAGCCAAUAAGCAGUGACCUAAAAUGUCAUUUUUUAUUUUCUGUAUGUGAGAGAGAGCGUGUGUGUGCGAUAGGACAACGAAACACAUACACGCACACACACACACACACACAGAGAGAGAGAGAGAGAAAGAGAGAGAGAGAGACACACCUGGAUUUCACUAAAGGAGAACAUGCCUGAAUUGUACAUCUCCUCUGACAGUCAUAGCACUACACACAUCCUAAAGGCUUGUAUUGAAUACACACACAUAUACACUACACACACACUACACACAUCCUAAAGCCUUGCAUUGAAUACACACACAUAUACACUACAUACACACUACACACAUCCUAAAGCCUUGCAUUGUACACUCCAAAUAAUCAUUGUCAUUUUCGGACCAGAGUUUGAGAAAUAAACCAAUCAUUGAACAGAUAGCUGCUUUUUUUUAUUACUAUGUAAUAGUAACAUCCUUUCUAACUGACAGGGGGUUCCACCAAUGGGUAAAGGCACCGGAGCAUUCCGAGAUAGGCGGGGCACCGUGGGGAAGGUUGUGAUUGGAGGAGAGAGGGUUAGGGCGGGCUUUGGAUGGACUGCAUGUUGUAAAUGUGUGUGUGUGAUUAAAUCAUGAUGACAAAUG